AUGCAAGCUCUCCAUGCAUCGGUCGAGAUCAUGUAUUCUUAUGGAGGCAGAACUCCACUGAAUUGGGAAAUUAGGUCUGCCAUUGCACUUGGAGCUGCUCGUGGCAUCGAGUAUCUGCACUCGCAAGGUCCCAGUGUCUCUCAUGGAAACAUAAAAUCAUCCAACAUCCUCCUCACCAAAUCCUAUGAUGCCCGAGUUUCUGAUUUUGGUCUCGCACACCUUGUCGGGCCCUCCUCCACUCCCAACCGAGUUGCUGGCUACCGAGCCCCUGAGGUUACCGACCCUCGGAAAGUAUCCCAUAAGGCAGAUGUCUAUAGCUUUGGUGUCUUGCUCUUGGAACUGCUAACUGGGAAGGCCCCCACUCAUGCCCUUUUGAAUGAGGAAGGGGUCGAUCUUCCCAGAUGGGUGCAGUCCAUUGUACGAGAAGAGUGGACUUCUGAGGUCUUUGAUCUUGAGCUCCUCCGCUACCAGAAUGUUCAGGAGGAGAUGGUCCAGCUAUUGCAGCUUGCAGUAGACUGUGCUGCCCAGUAUCCUGAUAAACGCCCUUCAAUGCCUGAAGUUGCAAGGCGCAUUGAAGAGCUACGUCGUUUUAGCUUGCGAGAAGAUCAUGGCCCUCAACCUGAUUUCAUCAAUGAGUCAGAUGAUGUGUCUUCUCGGUAAGUUCUUCAGUGACUGCCACCAUCCCUUCCUAAUGGAUUGUAGAAGACUCUUCACUGUUUUCUUAUGCCCAUAUAUUGUGUUAAUUCUGGUGGUUUGGUUGUAUGCUUGAUCCGGGCCUCCCCCAUCUUCUUUCCUUAGGAGCCAACUGUCAAUUUUUUCAUUUCCUUUUGUAAUUUUUUUUUCUCUUCUCCCAUUUCCCCCAUUGUACUAGUUUGUUAUUGCCCUUUUCUCAUUAAUACUUUGGGGUGGGUAUCUGUUCCAUUAGUCAUUGUUGGAUGAUGGUGGUUGUAAUUAUUACUUUUGCUUUUACUUUCGCUUUUGCUUUUGAUGCAACUUUUAGCCUGCUGAAGUUGAGAUGUUGCAGUUGCUCUUA